GACCUCACGGUGAUCCUCGACGGCCUCCGGAGCGGCGAGAACGUGGGCAACGUCAUCCGCACCUGCGAGACGGCGGGCGCGAGGGUGCUCUGCUGCGGCACGACGCCGGCGCCGCCGACGCCCGCGGUGCUCAAGGCCGCGUGCAACGCGGCGCCGUUCGUCGACGUCCGCCGCGAGCCGUCGACGCUCGACGCCGUCCGGGCGCUCCAGGGGCGGGGCGUCGCGGUCUACGCGCUGGAGACGACGCGGGGCAGCGUCCCGCUCUACGACGCGGACCUGCCGGCGCCGCUCGCGCUCGUCUUCGGCAACGAGCUCGUCGGCGUGCACCCGGACGUGCUCGCGGCGUGCGACGGCGUCGUGAGCCUGCCGACCUUCGGCGUCAAGAACAGCCUCAACGUCGCGUCCUGCGCCGCCGCCGCCGUCUACGAGGUCGUGCGACGG